AUGCAUUUCACAAAGCUGUUCGGCAUUGCCCUCUUGCCCAUCACCUCCCUUGCAGUGCCCUUGUCACUUUCACUGUCGGUUGUGGUGAACGAUGCCUCCACGGUCGACUUUGAUCAUCAUCACGCAGUCAGAGAGCUGUUGAGCCACCGUGGUCAUGAUUUUCUGGCGUCUGGCGAGAUUCUGUCUCCUGACAAAUAUCUGGGCCACCUGUCAGAAUACGCAAAGUACUUGACUGAGGCGUCCAAGAUACUCAAAGAUCUGAAGGUGCCGGACGACCAUGCCGACAAUGAUACAUGGGAAAGGUUCGAUGAGCAGCGUGAGCUCGCAAGCGAAUCAUUCGAAAACGCUACCUUGGCCAUAGAUUCCGCAGCACGCGAUACGGCGAACUGGCCAUUUUACAGCGAAUUCAACAAAGAGGACACUAAGACGCUCACGGAAGCACUGGCAGACAACUUCGGCAAGGUCAAUCAAACCUUCAUCGAUCCAGUCGUUACGGCAUUGAAGUCUUGGGUCUUUAAUGAUCGCAAUCGCCAGGCCAAUCGGUUGAGCUUCCUUGCUAGAUCGCUAACGACCCUGGUCCCGAAAACCGAGAUCAGAUGUCAUUUUGACAAUAAGGAGGACGACCGGAGCAAAGACACUGAGGAUGACAAGGUGACUUUGCGAAAUCUUGAUACGGUCGUGGCGGCCUACCACUGGAUAAAAGGUGCUGCGAUCGCCAUCGAUCAUGGUGAAUAUGUGCCGUCGAGACACAGAUUGCCAGCUUCUCAGUGGAAGCUGCAACUGUGA